GGCGCCGCCACCCAACCCAACCCACCCCACCCCACCCCACCCGGGGCGUGCCCAUUUGUUGCCCGCGCCUCCUGCGGGGGUGGUUUCGUUCAAACCCAACCUAAUUUUUCGCGAGCGCGCGCGUGUGCGGCGUUGCGAGAGGAGGCGGAGACGAUGGCUCCGUUCGGCGACGGCGGCGGGGGUGGCGACGGAGCGGAGGCGCUGCGGGGGUGGGACCCGCUGCGCAGUGGCAGCGCGCCGCCGACGAUGGAGGGCGCCGCGGCGGCAGCGGUGGCGGCGGAGAGGGUGUUUGGCGGCGGCGGCGGCGGCGGCGCGUCGUUCUUCUCCGGGAUCGACGGGCUCGGGUUCGGCGCGAGGAUGGACGAGGUCAGCAGGCGCCGCGGUGCCGCCGGAGCUCAGGAACAUUUUGGCAAUUCUGCAUCUUUAUCUGGUGGACCACCUGGCCUCCUACUUAAUGGUACGGGAGACUUGGAUGAACGGCAGUUUGGACCGAGCAGAGUUCAUAGUGGUGGCACUAUGUCAAAUUACUCUGCAUUUGACAUGGGUUCACUUUGGACAGACAUGGAUCUUGACAAUGCUGAAUAUCGCAGAAAUAUCCAGAAUCGCUUUGUGUCAAACAUAGAAAAGAUGAAUGCUUACGGCAAUAGGGAUUUUAAUGCUUCCUACAUGGCUGAUUCUGAUCUUUCAGAUGCUUUAUCUGGGUUGAGGCUGUCUAAUAGCCCAGUAGUGGACCAAAGGAAUCAUGGGGAAGAGCUACUAGAUGAAAUACUCAAGCGUCAAAGAGAUUUCUCUAAAAUUGGUGAUGAAAACCGAUCACCUUUGGUUGGUAAUGUUUUCCGCGCACCUAGGUCAGAUGUGCAUCCAUCACCAAUGUAUGGAGAUGGUAUUUUACGGAGGCAGACCAGUGCAUUCGAUGGUUCCAAUGUUUCAAGGAUGAGUCGCCAUCACAUAAAGGGUGUUGAUCACUUAUCUUUGGCUGAACAGCUAGCUAUAAUGCAAUCAGGCAACUUGCCUAGAGGAAAUAAUCUUUCGCGCAAUGCGGCUAUGACUAAUAUGAUCAACCCCAUGAGCAAUAGAUACAACAGCAAUGCAGACUUUGAUUUGGUUAGGAGUCGAAGGGCACUCCUUGAGGAUCUACUUGCACAACAGUAUCUGCAGGAAGAUAAUCUGUCAUAUAAUGAUAGUAGGAUCUAUCAUGAUGAGCCUCGUUUUCCCUAUUCAAGAAUGCAAAGAUCUGUAUCUCAUUUUUAUCCAAACUCGAGGCACGUUGCACAUGGUGAUCGGCAAUCACGGCUCUUCUCCCUCAACAGAAAGGCAAUGGGUAGAAAUGUUGGAUCACAGGUCUAUCACGACAAUACAUUAGCAAACUACCAGGAUCUGUCUUCUUUGGAUAAUGCAGAUAGAAAUGGACUUGAUUCAGUGGAGUUGAUUGAUGUUGUGGGUCGCGUUAAGGAAGUUAGCAUGGAUCAAUAUGGAAGCCGGUUUAUUCAACAAAAACUCGAAAUUGCAUCACUGGAUGUUCGGGAAAAAAUAUUUCCAGAGAUAUUAUCCAAUGCCAUUGCUCUAACAACUGAUGUUUUUGGCAAUUAUGUUAUCCAGAAGUUUUUCGAGUUCGCUACAGAAAGUCAGUUAAUCCAAUUGGCAGAUAAACUCAAAGGUCACAUUUUGGAACUCAGCCUCCAGAUGUAUGGUUGCAGGGUAGUUCAGAAGGUUUUGGAGGUAGUUGAUAUGGAUCGAAAGAUCGACAUUGUUCAUGAGCUCAAGAAUUAUGUUCUGAAAUGUAUUGGUGAUCAAAACGGUAACCAUGUGAUCCAGAAAUGCAUUGAGUGUGUUCCUGAAGACCGCAUUCCGUUUGUUAUUGAUCCUAUACUUUCACAAAUUCUUGUUCUAUGCACCCAUCAAUAUGGCUGCAGAGUCAUUCAGAGAGUUCUGGAGCAUUGCCAUGAUCCUGUGACUCAAAGUGCUAUCAUGAAUGAAAUUGUGCAGCAGACCUUCCAUUUGACAGAUGAUAAAUUUGGUAACUAUGUUGUUCAACAUGUGUUGGAACACGGGAAGCCAGAAGAGCGUUCAUCCAUCAUUCAAAAGCUCUCAGGGCAAGUGGUCAUCUUGAGCAAGCAAAAGUUUGCUUCUAAUGUCAUUGAGAAAUGUUUGGCUUUUGGAACACCUGAAGAACGUGAUAGCCUUAUUGGGGAAAUCAUUUCAUCUGGUCAAACAUUUCAGGAAUUAAUGAAGGAUCAGUUUGGUAACUAUGUUGUACAGAGAGUCCUUCAGACAUGUGAUGACAAAUACCUAGAGAUGAUCCUGUCAAGCAUCAAAUUACAUUUGAAUGAACUGAAGAAUUACACGUACGGGAAGCACAUUGUGGCACGUGUCGAGAAGCUAAUCGUUACAGGAGAGAAACGAGCAAGGAUGGCGUCCCUGAGUGGCCAACAUCAGCAGCCACCGAACUGUACAGCUGUAGACGCACACUAAUCCCUUUUUAUGCAUUGGCGUCAAAUACGACUACACACUAAUCCCCUUUCACGGAUUGGCGUCAAAUACGACGAGCAGGUGGCAUAAGUGACGCGGAAAGUUUGGUUUUACUACAUGGUUUAAAUAGGGUACUUGCAGAUAAUCAAGGAUUUAUGUUGCCUUGCCUGUAUAUAACCAGGUGUGGUGUUUUCGGGAACCCAGUAGUUAGAUGAGAAGUUAGGUUUUCGGCACUGUAAAUCCUUUUGGCCAUGUACAAGUUUAUUACAUACAGUGGAUAAUAGAUGUACAUUGUGCUGGAGCGUUAGCUUUUGGUAGUAGGUGAGAGCGGUGCUGUGUAAUAUAUCUGGUGCUGCUCUUCUGAUGAAGUCGGUAGAGAGAGCUCCAGUGCUGUUGGUUCCACCGUGCGACGUACAGUUGCUCUUUUGUAGCACUGAUGAUCCUUCAUCAAAUCUUUGAAUGCUCGUUUUUCUUUGUUUUUA